AUGCCAAAUACUCUGAUCCUCCCUUUCCUGGUUUCAAGGGCUGCCUUACCAUUAACGCGGAUAAGAUUCAUCUCGAAUACGUUUGGGCCGGGCUUCUGGCUUAUGACACCGGCUGCUACCCGUUCCGCUCUUGCAAACAUGGGCCGAGCUCUACACUCCACGCUCGCCAGCCGUGUCCUUCUGCAUAUGAGAGAAACCGCCCACGUGGACCGUGACGAUGACCACAUUCACCACAUUCCAGCCCAUCGUAAAAUGCGAUCUGACAUCCACAUAACGAGGACGAUUCACCGCGACGAUCAUGACGAGCUUGUGAAAUGCGACGGCGCUGAGAAAUUCACACCAAUAAUUACAUCCAAAAGCAGCGUCUGA